AUUUAUUUUUUUGACAGAGCUCACGGAAAUAGAGCCUAUGAACUUCACAUGAAGUCUGGAAAGGUGUUCGUGUACUGUCACAUGACAAGCCAUGGACUUGGCGCAUGCGGAGGUGGGGGAUGGACGCUGGUGAUGAAAACUGAUGGCCAUAAGGUAUUCUUACAAUCUGCUUUAUCAGAGUUAAGGAAAAAAAACAUGAACAUAGUCCGCCAUAGUUAACAGGGUCGAGAGACUAACAUCCAGUUUUAGUUAUUAAUGCAGUUUUAAAAAUCUAUGAAAAAAUUGCUCCUAACCUUUUGUGAUAGACAUUUUCAAUAGAGAAUUACACGUUUACAAAUUUCUUAUUUCAUCUCUCAAUCUGUUUAUUUAUUUAUUUCCAUCGCAGCCAACUUUUCACUUCAAUUCCAAACUUUGGAGUAACAAGGACAAUUUCAACCUCCCAGGAGGAAAGACUGGGAUCGACGCACAUGAGACUAAGCUUCCAACCUACUGGAACACACCCUUCUCAAAGAUCUGCCUGGGAAUGAAAAUCGGACACCAGACAAAGUUCGUUGUACUCUUCAAGCAAGCCCACUCCCUCCACUCACUGAUUUCUGAUGGUCUUUACCGCCCUACCUCACUGGGUCGCAACAAGUGGAAGUCUCUUAUUGGUUCACAGGCGUCCCUGCAGACCAACUGUAAUAAGGAAGGAUUCAACGCUGUCUGCAGCUUUAGUGGUGCUUCAAAAGCAAGAAUUGGUUUCGUUGGUAACAAUGAAAACGCCUGUAAUUCCUGUGACUCCAGAAUCGGGUUUGGAACUGGAGGAUAUCACGAUGACGAAAAUACAUGUGGAAACGAGGCAAUAGCCGCAGAUAACGGCAACAAGCACAUCAAAGCCAUGGGCUACAUUUUAGUUCAGUGA